AUGAACCGCGUUGUUCUUAUUGUUGUUAUUCUCGCUCUCAUGGUCAAUCUCAUCCAUGCUUCUCCAGUGGCCACUGCUGAACCUCAUGACAUUCGUUCCGUCCUCGAUGGCUUCAACAAAAUCGGGACUGGUGUCACAGAGCUUGACAAAGCAGUCAAGGUAUACAACAAUAAGACUGACAUCGCCUCUAUCCGCACUCUCGCUUACAACGUGGAAUGGUUGAUCAUGCGCACAUUCGAUGAUGUCAGCAAGAACAAAGACUUCAACGAUAAGGACAGCAAGACCCUCACUGCAGCUCAUCUCAAGUUUAAGCAAGGCCUAGAGACUAUGCUUGGUGAUCUGAUCAAAAUCAAAGACCUUAUCAAGAAGACCAACAAGUCCGACUUCAUGUUCAACAACUUUGAAAGCCUCCACAGCCGAUGCUUUCCACUGUCAGAUGCCUUGGAAAACAAAGCUACCGAUCCUGAGAGCAAGUCCAUUGGUGCCAUCACUGAGCAACUUGACAGGUCAUUCGAGAAUGCGCUCAAGCAGAUCAACUAG